CUAUAUUGAGAAAUAAAAACAUAUGAUAUUACAUUAAAAAAGUGACUAUAUUUUUGUACUAUUUAAGAAAAUUUCCUUUUUUUAUUAGUUCUAUCAAUUUAUUUAUUACUCCACAUUUUCUACCCAGUAUACAAAAAUACUGUAUUUAUUCCUUACCCGAAAUCCCAAUUUCAAGUUUCCUAAUUUAUACGGCACUUUUUCAUAUUUCUGGUUCAAUGGGUAAAUCCUUGCGUUCUUCCAAACAUUUUGCUAGUUUUAUCGGCUCAAACAGCUUCCGCCGCCGCCGCGCCCAACCCAAGGUCGAGGGGUCUCUCAGAGUUAUAGAAUCGGCUUCGUCGGAGCGGCGACCGAGGAUGAACAAGAAGGAGGAGAGUUCCAUCCCCAAGCCCUCGUCGGAGGACAUCCGGAUACCGCUGGCCGACGUGGUGGCCGAUUGCGUCAGACGGUGGUUCCAGGACACGCUCAAGGAGGCCAAGGGCGGCGACAUCUCCAUGCAGGUCCUUGUGGGUCAGAUGUUCUGUAGUGGAUAUGGCGUGCCCGUUAAUGCCGAGAAGGGAAGAGCAUGGAUAUCCCGGGCGUCAAGGACCCGUUCUUCGGCAUGGAAAGUUCGUGAUAAGCGCCCAGGUUAUAAUGUAAGUGAUUCAGAUUCCGAUGAUAGUGCUGGGGAUGCUAAAUAAGGGCCGAUGUGCUUGAUCUUUGGUGGGAAAGCCAUAAGUUUCGUUUGAUUGUGUAUCGUAGAAUUUGUGGAAUUGUAUGUUGCUGGUUGCACUCACUCUAUAUUUGGAACCUCAAAAGAAAACAAGGAAAGAAAAGAGGGAGGAAAAAGGAGCGGAAAAUUAGAAGGAUAGAAAAAUAAACUUAGAUUCGAACUCAUAAAUACGUUGUUUUUGUUGUCGAACUCAUAAUUAUACUCCGUAUUUGAGAUAUCUGUUUAAACUCAUUUUGGAAUUGGUUUUGGGGAAGGGUUAACUAGAAACCUACUUUGAUUUGGGGUGAAUGAAAGGUGGCAUCAAGAAAACACAUUCACAAAAUCACAGAUGUUAUAUAGAAUUUGCCUAUCACAUUUGGUGGGGGCGAUCUCAUUUUAUUCAAAGGCUGAGCUUCAAAAUCUGAUGGAAAAAAAAUAAAGUGAAUGCUUUAGGGUCUGUUUGGAACUUGGAAAAGGCUAGUAAAGAAAUAAGGGAGGAUAGCUGAGGAGAGAUUUGGACAAUAUCCGGAAAAUGGAAAAAUUGGUUUAGACUCAAUAAAUCCUUUUUAGAUACAUUUGUUCCAACUCAAUUUAUUUAUAUAUUUCUAUUAGUUAACAGAUAAAAAUUUAUAUGUCUGUUAAUUUUUCAUUUGUGUUGAGUUCAUAGUUUUCAAGAUGAAACCAAAAAAACCAUAUUCCUAUGCAUUUUUUUUAUAUCUUCCCCUCCAAUUUCUGGGUUCCAACCAAAGUCAUGUAUUUCAUGGUAACUCGGCAAAUGAAUUUAUCUGUUUCCAUUGAAUACCAAAGUUUCAUGAUAUUAGUAUUGCUAUAAGGCUUGUAAGCACAAACAUACACUAUGAUGAGUAUUGUAGCACCCCCUAUGUGACCAAUCUAGGGAACACUACAGCACUAACUGCAGUGCCAAAGCACCAAAGCACCAAUGUGUUAACUAAUUUUGCAACACUGUCUAAUUCCGGAACAAUAUACAAUUAAUCACAAACACCACUUUACUCAUUGGAACACAAUUUUUUCUUUUCCCAACAUUUCUUGUGUUCCAAACAUGCCUUAAAGUUUUCUGUUUUGCUGUCACUGGUCAAAAAGGGAGUCCUCAUCUCAUAUUCCAUGUAAUACUUAAAGAUCUUUUCUUCUUCUUCUUCUUCUUCUUCUUCUUCUUCUUCAUUUGCAGUGUAUUUCAAGAAUCCAUCACCCGCUUCGGAGAACUGGUGUUAUCCAUUGUUCCAGGGCCAGUCAACUGCUUCUUUGGCUUCUUGUUUUUAAUCAUAUCUGUAUCCAUAUCCUCGGUGUAUCUUAGAAAUUGAGCACAUGGUUUUACCCUUUUCCAUUUGAUGCCUUUUUUUUGUGUCUUUAAUGAACUUACCUUGAGGUAUGGUUACAUGA